AUGUUAGCAGGUCACACGACACGCUGGACCCUGUACGGAAUGCUGGAGUCGACGAUAGGCAAGGCCUGCCUAUUGCGCGCUGUUUGCGAAUCCUCGGCGAAUCCGUUCAACAAAGGUCACGGGCUCCUGGGGGAGCUGUUACACGCCUUCCUAACGCCGUCGACGACUCACGAGGAAUACGAAAUCUACUCAAAUCGCGAAUAUCACGCCGCCGAGGAGAUCGGCAGAAAUACGCGCGGGCAAUGCGCGCAUUUUUAUUCGGAAUGCGACUACAGUCCUCUCGAUUACUUCACUAGAUUGCUUUGA